AUGGGCACAGGAAAAAAGAAAAUAGAGAUCGAGAAAAUUACAAAGAAAAGUUCUAGAAUGGUGACAUUCUCCAAAAGAAGGAAAGGACUUUUCAAGAAAAAUGAAGAACUUGAAUCCUUGACUGGUUCUCAAGUUGCCUCUGUUGUUCUUUCACCCAGUGGAAAGACUUGUACUUACGGAGACGUUAACACUGCUAUCAACAGGCAUUUUUCGAACAUUGAUUGCAUGAAACAAUCAACAUCAGGGAUAUAUUUUCAUGAUUCCGAUUCUGAUGUUGUUGUUUCUAGUGGAUCCUCAGAGUUCAGAUCAUCAUUGACUCCGAGAAGGAAAAGUCUCCGUGAUUGGGUGGAGGAUAUAGAUGUUGAACAAUGUCAAAAUUUGAAUCAACUCUUAUUGUUGAAGAAGCAAUUGGAAGGAACUAAACAGAAGAUUGUUUCCAUUGAAGAUUCUAAGUCCUUUCGAGCUUUGUUUGCGUAG